CUCCAUUUGUCUUCUUGGCAGAACGAGGCACUUCUGGACUAAACAAAGAUCAAUGGCCUCCUCUUCUUGUAGACCAUCGCUGGCAAACACAGGGGAUUUCAGCUGAAUUACCGGUGAAGAUCCUCCUCGCCCCGAACGAACGGCAUCAUAAGGAAGAGCUACAACACACCGGGGAUGGUGGAAACACAUUACAGACAGUGAGAGGAGGACGUGGAUUCCAUCUGUGAUGCAGCAUGACUGCAAAUAACACCAAUCUUCUGUCUGUGGGCUCUGAAUGCCGACGCCGGUCUGAAUGAGGGAGCGGCAGCCGUCGGAUCAAAGGUGAUAUUGUAGAGCUGGUGACUCCGCAGUGUUGGUGGACGACACGUGGGAGCUGGCCUUUUGUUUGUUCCGUAAGAGCAAAUAAAAAUGACUCUCAAAUAAUCAUAGUGUUUUUGCUGUUUAUCACGGAAGCUGCUCGCUUGAUGGAUUAUGCUGAGAAAAUGAGUCGGACCUCAUUUCGUAAUCCCACGUCAUCUUUGCUCAGUUCGGCUCUCGGCUGGCUCCUCCUGAUGACAUACUCCCAUGCUCCUGAACUUCUUUUGGAAUAAAAGCACUUGGACUGUCGGAAAUCUGCUACACGUCUUAAACUUGUCGACCAAUGAACAACAACCGUGGAGGAGAACGAGUUCUACAUUCUAAGUUGGAUAGUGAUCUUAUACAUCAGUCUAGCCUGGAGUCUUCAUGGUCUGCACCACGGUGGUGUUUAGAGGCUGCCUCAUACCUCUGCUUGUGACCAAGAUAUAUACUACAUUCAGUGGGAUCUAAUAACUGUUUUUGAGGGUAACCAGACUGGGCCUACUGUGAGCAAAUACUGCAAUUGACAAGGAAUCCAAGGAAGGAAUAUUCUGGGAUCUGUGAAGAAGCUGAGCCUAGGGAGGUUCUUUCCAAUAAAGAGGAAAAAAGGAGGAAGACGUCAGCAUCAUGGUUCUUGAAGGUGUGGCUGAGACUCGUGACUGUCUCUUCCUUCUCUUACUAUGCCUCACAAUACUGAUUGAGGUACUGGAAUGUGCCGCAGCUGCCUCACAGGGAUUGGACGGUGAGGGGGACGUUGUGUGCCCCUCUGUGUGCCGCUGUGAUGAGGACUUCAUCUACUGUAACGACCGUGGGCUCAGUGCAAUCCCUCCACUACCCCCAUCCGCCACUGUUCUUUAUCUUCAAAACAACCACAUAGAUAAUGCAGGACUCCCCACCUCCUUAGAACACCUUAGCACAGUGCGGGUCAUAUAUCUCUACGAUAAUGAGCUGGACGAUUUCCCCAUGCACCUCCCGCCAUCGCUACGAGAGCUGCAUCUUCAAGACAACAACAUCCGGGUGUUGCCCCGAGCUGCUUUAGCCAGGCUGCCUCAGCUGGAGAAGUUGCAUCUGGAUGACAACUCAGUGUCCACAGUUAGUAUAGAAGACCAGGCCUUCGCUGACAACCCUCGUCUUCGUCUGCUCUUCCUCUCCCGAAACCACCUGUCCAGCAUACCCUCUGGGCUUCCCGCCUCUCUGGAGGAGCUCAGAUUAGAUGACAACCGCAUCUCAACAAUUCCCACGCAUGCCUUCCGUGGAUUGUCUUCUCUUCGCCGCCUUGUCUUGGACGGGAACCUUCUUGCCAACCAGCGCAUCGCUGACGACACCUUCUCACGCCUUUCGAACCUCACAGAGCUCUCAUUGGUGCGCAACUCUCUUCAGACUCCACCUCUCAAUUUGCCAAGUGCACACCUGCAAAGACUCUCUCUUCAGGACAAUGCCCUAAUCCACAUGCCGCGGGGCUCCCUAGAUGGAAUGCGCAGACUGCAACGACUGGAUCUCUCCGGGAACAACCUGACCACACUUCCUAGAGGUUUGUUCCGAGACCUGGAGAGCCUGGGGCAGCUGCUUGUUCGUGGUAACCCUUGGCACUGUGGAUGCAACCUACGCUGGCUGUAUGACUGGCUGGAGGCCAAAGGAAACACAAUUACAGUCCGAGGACUCACUUGUCAGUCACCAGAGCGUGUACGUGACAUGCCACUAAGGGACCUUACAAGCCAGAUGGAUGACUGUGAAUUAGCAGCUGCUGGAGGUGGAGGAGUAGGUGGUGCUGGGUCAGCUGCUGCGGGAGGGGCUGGCAGCAACAGAAUGAGUGGAGCAGGAGUAGCAGCCAGCUCUACCACUCUGUCUCCUCCGCAAGGCUCUCUAUUCACCUUGCGCUCAAAACGACCAGGACUGGGGCUUCCGGACACAGCGAUGGACUACACACUUGGCAGCAGUGGCGUGGGAAAGAACCUGGCCUUGAAUGUGAAACCUUUGUCCCAUGACAGCAUCAGGGUUACGUGGAGUGUGGCUCAGCCUUCUUCUUCCUUCAGGCUUAGCUGGCUCCGUUUAGGGACUAGUGCUGCCAUGGGCUCCAUCACAGAGACGCUGGUGAGGGGCGACCGCAGAGAGUAUCUGCUUACUGCCCUCCAGCCGGUGUCUAGCUACAUAAUCUGUAUGGUGCCACUAGUCUCUGGCAGCGUGAGCAAAGGCGGCAUGAUUGGCGGGGACACUGACUCAGAUGAGGCUCCGGUGUGUGCCAAGGCUGAGACAUCUGAUCCCAACCUGUCCGAAGUAGACCAGGGAGAUGAUAAAGGCUCAGAACAGAUUACUUCACUCCCACUUGCCGGGAUUAUCGGCGGAGCAACUGCCAUAGUUUCCCUUGCUUUUAUCUUUGGCAUAUUCUGUUGGUAUGGGCAUCGUGCGGGGCGCUUGUCCUCGAGGGACCACUACAGCCGCAAUAGUAGCGCACGCAAGAGCAAGCAUUACGAUGACUACAUCGAAUCAGGCACUAAGAAAGACACCACCAUACUGGAGAUCCGAGGACCUGGGUUCCAGAUGACCCCGAUGGCGGCCAGAGAGCCCCUACAGCCCAAGCCGAUACGAGAAGAUUAUAUCAUACAUACAAUCUUCCCCUCUAACGGCACAGGGCUGUACAAACCACCCAAUAACGCGAACAACUCGGGCUACGGUACAAAUCGUGGCUACCGAGAAGGAGGUAUCCCAGAUAUAGACUACUCCUACACGUGAUAGGCCUAAUUUAGUGAACACUGUUAGAAAUCAUGUACUGGAUAGAUGCACAGUUUUUUAAUCAGUGUGGGGUCUACAGCACCCCUUUGUGCCUUCUGGUCUCCAUUCCAACCUAGCCUGCUGCUCAUGGCACCGAGGAGGCUCUUAAUUGGCCCAGAUGCCUGCUAGGAAACAGCUUUCUGUGUCUCGUGCCAAGAGGCGGCCACACCAUUUCAGGUGGUGAUACCAACUGCUAUUUUCACUCCCCUAGUGUAACCUGGUGUGUCCUCAGCAUCACUGCUUUAUCUGUGACUUCCUCGCCGAGGUGGAUUCAAGGACAGCACACAAUGUAUUUAACACACAGUUUCUUUUUUAUGUUGAGCUCAGACAAGUGGCACUUCUUGGAAGAAGAAUAAAAAAGAAACUAAAUCAAACAUGACCUGGAUGUAAACCUUCUGCUAUUGUGGCUCUGAUUAUUAGCUGCCUAACAGCUUUAGAGCCUUUCUCCUGACUUGAAAUUGUGGAUGCUUUGGUUUUUUUUUGCGGAAUUUAUUGGUUCAUUCCUGAAGAACUGAAGGAAAAGGAGUUUGCUAAAAAAGAAAAAAGAGAACAGAGCACCAUUGUGGAUAAGGAUGGCCCAGAGGACAGUCCCUGGCGCUGAGGGAAUCAGAGGAUAUCUUGCCAGAGCAGUUCUCCUAGGAUUAAAGGGCCAUGGGAAAAACCUGGGAGGACAUUUCUGAUCUGUUUUUUAUUAUUAUUAAUUAAGACCAAUGACAAUGAACUCGUAACACCUGCUGUUCCAUUGCAAUGGAAUUAUAAUUAUACAGACUUACAAAUAUUGGUCAUGGAUGGUGAUGCGUCACUAGAUUCAAUGCCUCAAAAGACUUCCUUGACAUGCCAGCAAGUUGCCUGACGAUAAAAACAAAAAAAAUGUAGCAUAGUGCUGAAAGCAUUAUGCUGUCUGGUUCUUCUUAACAUAGACCUGAAAAAAAAGGGGUCGCAGAAAAGGACCAAGUUCAAUUUAACUGACACUUUCACACAGAAAAUUGCACCACGGCGUUAUUAUAUAUAUUGAAUACAGGCAAGGUGUGUAGAUAUCACAUCAGACUUUUUUGGACUUGUGAAAGUGAAAACAUAUUCUGUGUUCCAGACCUUAUGUUUUGUUUUAUUUUUCUUGUUUGUUCAUUUAUUUAUCCCACAUUUGCUGUCUUUCUAUUGGUUUACAUUUGUUCUCUGUUUUUAAAUGAUUUGGUUUAGGUACAGAUGAGUCAGUCCUGCUGCUGGUGACAUUAAAAAACACUGUGGUUUUCCCUA